AUGGUACUCUAUCGUGGAAGCAGAGAGGUAAUCUCCAUACAUGUCGGUCAGGCUGGCGUUCAAAUGGGGAACGCAUGUUGGGAACUGUAUUGUCUGGAACAUGCAAUUCAACCUGAUGGAAGAAUGAUCGACUUCAAUGAUGACGAUCAAGAUGCUUUCAAUACGUUUUUUGCUGAAACAAUAGGCGGAAAACACGUACCCCGGUGUCUACUCAUUGACCUCGAGCCAACUGUCGUGGAUGAAGUGCGUACUGGCACGUAUCGUGACUUGUUCCAUCCAGAACAGCUACUUUCUGGAAAAGAAGACGCUGCGAAUUGUUACGCUAGAGGUCGAUACACGAUCGGAAGGGAAAUGAUCGAUGUGUCGACAUCGAUGGUAGAGCCGUAUAAUUCAAUUCUUAUGACCCAUACUACACUUGAGCAUUCCGACUGCUCAUUUAUGGCCGACAAUGAAGCGAUCUACGAUAUUUGCCGACGAAAUUUGGAUCUGGCAAGGCCAACAUAUACAAACCUAAACCGCCUCGUCGCUCAAAUAAUCUCCUCGAUCACAGCAUCUCUACGUUUUGAUGGGGCAUUGAACGUAGACUUGACGGAAUUUCAAACCAACCUUGUACCAUAUCCCCGAAUACACUUUCCGCUCGUCACAUACGCACCACUCGUCUCACCCGAGCGUGCUUACCACGAACAAAAUACGGUAGCUGAUAUGACGAAUACGUGUUUUGAGCCCGGAAGUCAAAUGGUGAAAUGUGAUCCAAGAAGAGGAAAAUAUAUGGCGGUUUGUCUAUUGUACCGAGGCGAUGUUGUUCCAAAGGACAUAAACUCUGCUAUUUCUUCUGUGAAAACGAAGAGGACUGUCCAGUUUGUCGAAUGGAGUCCAACUGGUUUCAAAGUAGGUAUCAAUUACCAACCUCCCACUGUUGUGCCUGGAGGCGACCUUGGAAAGCAGACUCGCUCAGUGUGCAUGAUCAGUAAUACGUCCGCAAUCGCUGAAGCAUGGGCUCGACUGGACCAUAAAUUUGAUCUCAUGUACGCUAAACGUGCUUUCGUUCACUGGUACGUCGGCGAAGGGAUGGAGGAAGGAGAGUUUUCCGAAGCUCGUGAGGAUAUGGCCGCACUGGAAAGGGACUAUGAGGAGAUAGGAGCUGACGAAUAUCCUGACGACGACGAAACCUACACUGCAUCGCGCGCAAGCAGCGGGAGGCGUUACUAA